UCUCUAAAGAUGCGUCCUUUGUCACCGGAAUUGGCGAAAAUUGCACGCGAGGAGGUAAAUGAAUCACCGGAACGAGUCAAUCAGGAUCUGAUUAUAUUGCGCACCUGGAUAUAUCAGCAACGUUAUUUGCGGGCACGUACUUCGGCUGAUUUCCUGAUUGCUUUCCUGAGACGUUGUCGCUAUAGUUUGGAACAAACAAAGAAACGCAUUGAAGCCUUUUUUAAUUUUCAUAGCAAAUUUCCGGAAAUUAUAUCUCAUCGCCGUGUGACAGAGAAGAUCUUAGCAAUUAAUCAUUUGGGCCUUCAGUACUUCCCGGAAUUUCCCAGAUGCAGCGAUCAUGCUGCCAUAAUGAUAUCCCGUAUGGGUGGCUGCUGUCCCAAACGCUGCCACAUGCGUGAGAUUAUGGCCUACAAUAUGAUGGUUAUGGAAAUGAUAGCACAGGAAAAUGACAACGCGGCCAUAGUCGGAGUUUGUCAGAUAAUUGAUAUGUCAAAUAUGGAUGUUGAGCAUGCAGCGCAAUUAGAUGGAGGUCUGUUUAGGAAAUGGUGGUAUUGGAUGAAUUAUUGCAGUCCGUUACGCAUAAAUGUGAUCUACUGCUUGAAUGCACCAAAAGAGAUACAAAAUUGGUUGACUAUGUUGAAGACACUGCAUGUCAAAAGGGAAACAAUUCCACCGUUAUUUAUGAUCAAGUCUCUGAAGGAACUAUACCAGUAUAUACCACAAAAGUGUUUGCCUGAGGAAUAUGGCGGCGUGAAUGGCCAUCUACAUGAAUGCAUUUCGUAUAUGGAGGAUUUGUUAAGGAGUUAUCGUGAUUAUUUCGAAGACGAAGUCAAUUACGGCACAAUUGAAGAGUUGCGCACUGGUGAAGUUCUGCCCUAUGAGGCAGAGUUUGGAGCAGAAGGCAGCUUUCGUAAAUUGAUAGUGGACUAA